CACAUCGGUGUCUUGGCUCGCGGUUUGAGUCUUUCCACAUCUGCUCAAACAAAUAGACAACAGUCUUGCUGCUGACAUGGAAACCGCCAACCAGCUUGCUUCUGCGGGGACAUUUCAAGUGCUCAAAUUGCCUUUAGGAUUUAUCCGUGUUUUGGAAUGGCUCUUUUCCAUUUUUGCUUUCGCAACCUGUGGUGGCUACUCAGGGCAGCUGCGCGUCAGCGUGGACUGCAUGGAGAAGGCCAGCAGCAACCUGAGCAUCCCCAUUGACUUUGCUUAUCCUUUCAGGUUGCACCAGGUGUCCUUCGAAGCACCUGUGUGCGAGGCCAUGAUGAGGGAUCGCGUCUUUCUCAGCGGGGACUACUCAUCCUCUGCUGAGUUCUUCGUCACCAUCUCUGUCUUUGCCUUCCUCUAUUCCCUCCUAGCCACCAUUGUCUACAUGUUCUUUCUCAAUAAGUACCGUGAUAACAGUCGAGGACCACUAAUUGACUUUGUAGUGACAGUGGUGUUCUCCUUCAUGUGGCUGGUCAGUUCCUCUGCCUGGGCCAAGGCCUUGUCUGAGGUGAAGCUUGCCACGGAUCCAGAGGAGGUGCUGCUCCUCAUCCCUGCCUGCAAAAGCAUGACCAACAGGUGCAGCUCUGCACAAGGACCUCGCUGGUCCGGCCUCAACACCUCAGUUGCUUUUGGCUUUCUCAACUUUGUUCUAUGGGCUGGAAACAUCUGGUUUGUCUUCAAGGAGACCGGUUGGCACAAGGGCACUUCAAGGUUAGAAGCCGGAGCAUCUGAGAAGCAGGCCGGGACCUUUAACCAGCAGCCCCACAGUCAGGGAAGCUUUGAGCAGCCAUCUGAGUACAGUCAGGUUGGAGGUCCCACCACUUACCCCAAUCAAAUGUAGCUGCCGUGUCAUUUCAGGAGUGGCACCAGUACAUCUUCAAACACAGUCAGGGGUUGGGGUGAUGGGUUAUUGAUAGGAGGAAGGUAGCGUUUGUCACCUGUGUGAAAAACAAAAACGUGGUCAUAAAGUGGUGACCCAGCACACCCAUUGUAAAUACUGUAUUGUUGGGUGUUGAACAGAAUUAUUAGAUGUAGUCUUUUACUUGUUUUCCUUAAGAUGUUGUGUUUCCUGAAUGUUGUAUUUCCAGUAGUUUGAAACGCAUAAGCGAGUUUGUCUCUUUGUGCUUAAUCAAUAUUGUUUUGACACAAACUGGUUUGCACUCCGUCUUUGAAAGGGAAAGUAAUCGUUGUACAAUUUUUAGAAUGCAUGCUGCUGUAAAUGUAAUUAUAAGCUCUGUUAAGCAACGUAAAAAAAAAAAUUAAAAAAAAACACAAAAAAAAAUUGCAUUUUGUGUCUGAAAGUUUACAUAAAUCGCAAAGCCCUGACAGGUUGCUGAUAGCGUAUCAGGUAUUUUAAUCUUUUUCAAAUCAAGCUAAACAGGGAAUAUAUUUUGAUGUCUAUUUCUUAUUCAAAUAUGGAUUAGAAGUGUGAUGAGGAGUUAUUUUUAGUUCUUUUUUUAUUUGUUUCAGAUGUAUUACAAUUUCUCUCUGACUUUUUAAUUUUGUAUAAUGUCAGGAAGUCUAAAUACCAAAAGCAAUAAAAGCAUUCUGUAAAAUACACCACACAGGGUUUGUGCAAGAAAAGACAAAUGUACUGUAUAUGUAAAGACUGCAGCAUGCAGUUUGUCCCCGUAGUCUAAUAUUCUUUUGCAGAAAUGCUACAGUGCUGAUAUUUUAUUUAGAAUGCCAUAAAGAGGGACCGUGAAUCCCUUUUUUGUUUACAAGUGGCUUCUUCUACUGCUGAUUACAGACUGUUUUUUACACUUUCUUCAGACUACUUUGAAAUUCAUAACUCAAGUUGCACCUUUCUAAAUGUCCAGGUAUGUAUAACCCCUGCUAGAAACUGCAUCAGUACCACAAUGGUAAAAUAAAAAUAAUGACAAUAACAUGUGGGCCAUUCUUAUAUAAAUAACACACUUUUGUUCUGUACAGCCAUAUUCUUUGUAGUUCAUGUGUUCUAAAAUCCGGCUCAGAAGAUGGUGUUUGGUUGCUUUUUAUUUUAAAAUAACAUGGCUUGUGCAACCCUGUGUUUCAACCUCUUAAGCAUGUAGCUUGCAUUAGUGUAAUAAAGUAAAUUAAACCUCUUUGUAUGUAUAAUAAUGUGACAUCCAUUACUAACCGGCAGGGAACUUCCUGCUAAUAAAGAUGUACAAAUUUUCCCAGUUGCCCAUCUUUGCAUCCCCAUUCAGGUCUAGUUACUUAAUUUGUGUGGCCGUCAUCAAAUUUCUGACCUGCAGGCUUGGUGUCCCUCAGAAAAUAUGCAGAAUUUCCAAAAAGCUAAACCUUCUUCUCACGUAACCAUAAACAUUUAACUCAUUCCUGUGUUAAGAAGCUUCCCUGAUGUUUUGAAAUG